UCACAGGGGUAGCAUGAACAAAAGAGCCCUACUAACUAAACCAACAAUCAAACUGAAAUAACAACAUUAAAAGAAACAGAAACACCUAAGCUAGAGAUAGUUCCCCCUCAAAGGAGGCAGGAGAGGCAUGAUCUUCAGGGGCUGAAGCAGCUGAAUCAUCUGAAGAGGAGUUUCCUUCAGAUAUAGUGAACACCAAAUUAGAAUUUUUGCUUGACUCCCCAGCAGACUUGCCCUUUUUGGCAGAAGAGGGUUUUGGUCGAGGAUCAAGAAUAGAAGCAUAGGGAAGAGGGGGAGGAGGAGGACCAAUGUCAGUGGGGAGGUCAAGAACUAUCAGUACAUUGAGUGCACUGAUAUACAUGGUGUGGGACAUGCUGCGAUGAUCAGAUAGGUCAAUGCCCAAGUUGAUUAGAAGACGAGUAAUGAUAGAUCCAAACGGCAACAACCCUUGGUAGUGGCACUUGCAAUGAUCCAGAGGUCAAGGGGAAGGACUCAAUCGAGAUUGAAUGAUCGAGGAAAGAAAUCAUGAGUGAUGAAGUGAUGGAAAAUCCUCAAUCGUGGUGGCAGCCAGCUAACAAGAAUAGGCACAUCAGAGCCACCUGUUGGUUCUAUCGAGAAGUUCUCAUACUCAGUGGGCAUAAUGAAGUCUUGCUUCCAGAAUUCAGAGGGAUGAGCAAUGUCAAACCCUUGAGAUGGAAAGCCAAGGAUUCCAUUGAUGGCCCCUACUGGGAUGGUCAAGAGAUGACCAUAAAUAACGGUCGAGAAGCUUCUGGUGCUAACUCAUUGACAUCGAAGAUUGGAGUAGAAGUACUUGAUUUCACUAGGGCAAGCUGGAUGGAGGGGUUGGCGAAGGAGGUAAUCACAUCCCAGUCCUUCUAUAAGAGAUAUAAUAUAGAACUUAUAGAGGUUAAAAUCGUAUGGAUCGAGUUGAGUUAUGUGAUGCAACCUUCUGUUUUCAAAGUGCUGAAGGUGGCGAUGGUGGUUUAUUACCACAGGCUCAUGGAAGAUGUAGCCUGGAUAGGUAUGAACCAACCCAUCAAAGCGAAAGGGUCGUGGCAAGUGGUCACCCAUUUUGGAUGGUUUGUUUUUCUUUUCUUGGAGGGUGAUUUGUUUGUGGCUGCGAAGAGUGAGGCAAAGAGGAAAGGGGGCAGGUUUAAAUAGAUCAAGAGAGCGGAAGAAGAAGGGGAUACAAAGAGUUUUUCGUAUAAACCAAGUGUAAUGAUUAAACUAAAGCAUGCAUAGAUUAAUGUAUAAAGUAGACAUGCAUGAGCCAAAAAGAGCUCUUGUCAAGUAUAUCAAGAUAAGCGAGAUACCUAGAGCAUAAAACACCCAAUGAUUUUUUUUUUAUCUUUUUAGAUUCUUGAUUUGGUUAAAGAUUUUAACCCUAAUUCAGUACAGAGUUGGACAAAAUGCUCACUGGACAAGGAUUUUGUGAAUAGUUCAGCUAGUUGAUACUCAGUGGAUAUAAAUUGUAGGCACACGUGACCUGCUAGAACUAGAUCUCUUAUGAAAUGGUAUUUUAUUUAUAUAUGCUUAGUCCUAGAGUGUUGUACUGGUUUUUUGUCAUACAUAUUACACUUGUAUUGUCACACCAUACAAGGAUGUUUUGAAAUUCAAAUCCAUAAUCUGAUAGUUGUGCUUUCAUCCACAUAAUUUAAGCACAGCAGCUUCCUGCUGCGAGGUAUUCAGCUUCAGCAGUGGAUAAGGCAACUACUCCUUGUUUCUUGAUGAACCAAGAGACGAGAGCAAGUCCUAGGAAUUGAACACUUCCAGAAGUGCUUUUUCUAUCAACUAGGCUUCCCCCAAAAUCUGAGUCACUAUAGCCAGAAAGUUCAAAUGAGUCUGAUGUUGGAUACCAUAAUCCUACUUCGAUGGUUCCCUUAAGAUAUCUAAAUAUUCGUUUUACAGCCUUAAGGUGACUCUCUUUAGGGUUGGAUUGAAAUCUUGCACACAGACCAACACUAUAUUGAAUAUCAGGUCGACUUGCUGUUAAGUACAAAAGUGAUCCUAUCAUUCCUCUAUAUUUCUUUUCACAAACAGGCACACUAGCUUCAUCCUUGUCUAGUUUCAAAUUAGUAGCCAUAGGUGUUGAACAUGUGUUCACUGAGUUCAUGUUGAAUUUUCUUAGCAUAGAUUUGAUAUAGCUGGUCUGACUUAUAAAGAUGCCUAAGUUGGUUUGCUUAAUUUGUAAGCCUAAGAAAUGUGACAGUUCUCCCAUCAUGCUCAUCUCAAAUUCUGAUUUCAUUGAUUCACAGAAUUUUGUACACAUAGAUGGACUAGUUGACCAAAAAACAAUGUCAUCGACAUAUAUUUGUACGACUAUUGUAUCUGAAUUUUCUUUCUUGAUGAAUAGAGUUUUAUCAAUAUUGCCUUGAGCAAAUCCUUCAGAUUUUAGAAAGGUGGUUAACUUUUCAAACCAAGCUCUAGGAGCUUGUUUUAAGCCAUAUAGUGCCUUUGAAAGUUUGUAAACAUGAUCAGGAAAUUUGUGAUCUAUAAAACCAGGGGGCUGACGUACGUACACUUAUUCUUUAAUUUCACCAUUUAAGAAAGCGCUUUUUAUAUCCAUUUGAAAUUAAGCAAUCUUCAUAUAGCAAGCAUAAGUACACAAUAGCCUGAUAGACUUCGAGCAACAGAUGCGAAAGAGUCUUCAAAGUCUAUUCCUUCUUCUUAUAAGUAUCCUUGUGAAACAAGUCUAGCUUUGUUCUUUGUUAUUUCUCCAUAUUCGUUGGUUUUAUUUCCGAAAUCCCAUUUUGUUCCUAUAAUUAACUUAUUGAAAGGUC